UGAGAGACGGUAAAGUGAGCUCAACCGCUAGCUAGGUAGUAAGUGAACGUUAAAGUUAGCCUAUCUUAUAUUAAAACGUUAUAACCAACAGACUGCAUCCUGGUUAGAUAGUUAACUAUCAUUUGGACUAACCCGGUCAACAAACCAAUUCUCCGACAAGUGUACUGUCCCUACCUGAAGUUAUUUUGUUUGAACUUGGGUGUACUGCUAGCAUCGCUAGCAUUACCGUUAAUUAGCUAAAAGGUUUCCUGAUAAGUGCCAACUUAUCUGCAGCAGAAAGCAUGACAGAUAUCGACGUGCAAGUUGAGCUCCAGCUGAAAAACUCACUGUCAGGACAAAAAGCGGUUGGGGGCCGACGGCAGGAGGACAUGAGCGGUGAGAGGCAGUCGGACUGCGGGGAGAGCAAACAAAACACCGGGCAACGAGAGCUGGAUGAGCCGCUGUCGUUGUUGGCCGACGUUGCUCUGGCGCCACCCCGCGGUGAUCCUGAGGCCUGCAGCUGCCUGGAGGUCAGGCGCCUGGAGAGUAGCCUCCCGUCCAUGCAGCUGCAGCUCCAGUUCCUCAUGACCAAGGCAGAUGACUUACACGACUGCCUUGUGAAUGGGCAGGGUCAUCUGGAAAGCGACGCUCUUGCUGCAGCGGUACCAAGUUUCCUGUUCACCUGUCAGCCUUACUUUAACCACCUGCAAUCCACCGCUAGGAGCACCGUGUCCCAGCACACCCCUCUGCCUUUUGACAUCUACACAAGGCUGCUAGACUUCUCUCAGCAGCUGUGUGACAGGUUGGAGCAACUGGUGUUAACUUUCGCCAGCUACGGCCUCCUCUGUUUGGAUGAAACCGAGCCUAACAACAUGUCUCACUUCUGCAUCGGCCAGAGUCAGCUCGGCCGUCUGAGGCUGACAGUGUUCCGCUACUGUAAGCCGGCGCCGUACCUGGCCCGGGUCGACACCGGCCUGUACAAACGAAUGCGGUGGAACGUGGAGAGGCUCCGAGACGGGCGACAGCAGCAGACAGAUGAAGAGCGGGGUGGAGCGCGUGAGGAGAGGGAGGCAGAAACAGUUGGAGACACAGAGUAUUACUUCCUGUGCUAUGAGGAUAUUUCCAACGCACACCCAGAGGCUGCCGGCGACAGCCAAGGCGUCUCUCAUGGUACCGUUGGAAGGAUGUGGUCCAUUGGUCAGUGGGUGCAGGUGAACCCAGACCCCGACUCAGAGGACAUCUACGACUGGAUCAUGUGCAAGGUUCCUCGGGCCAGCUAUCACAGGCUGUUGUUCCUGGGCAGUGAUGAGCCGUCUAGCUGCAGUGCUACUGACUGUCUGCAGCAGCUGCUGUUGUCACACCAGACAUCAGAGGGAUGUUAGGCCCUUUUAUAUGUGUGUAUUAGUGCACAUCUACCUCUUAAUAUGCACCUGGAUGUGCAGCAUGUGGAAAGAGACUGGACCAAUUUAGCUCACACAGGAUGUUGGUGGUAAAUCCUUGUGUUUGCAUAAAACUAGCUUAUGUCUAGUUGAUGUGAGAUUCCGAGGUUGAACAUCUGGUUUCAAAUGUGUCUGGAUGUCAGCGCAGGAACACUAGAGCUGAAAUCGCGAGUACCUCACAUGACUAUAACAUACUAUAUUACACUUCCAGCCAGUUUUAUUGCCUCAGUUAUAUUAUGUAGAAAUAAUUUUAUGUUGUAUACCGUGAUGUUUAACUAAGGUUUGCUUCACACUAUUUUGUCACUUUAAAUUGUUCAGUGUGUUAAUGUUGUAAGCUUUAAAAAGAUUUUAUAAGAGUUUGCAAAUAUUUUAAGUUUUAAGAGUUCACACAUUUUAAGAUCAUUUUCUUGUGCUGUAAAGAAGUACAGAAGCGUUAUGUUAAAAAAAACAUUUUAUUUACAUU